GGCAAGAAAAGAUUUCGUCCUCCCUCUCUCUACUGGUAUGGAGUCUGACACUGAAGCCUCUCUCCUCUCUCUCUCUAAAAUGGUAUGAGCACAUCGGGUGCAACAUCUAUGUACAGUGGCCGCAGUUCUCCUCUAUCUGAAGCACGUUUCUCUUUCUCUCUCAAACUAAAGCCCUGUAAGCAGACCUCUUUCUCCAUCUAAAACACAUUCUCUCUCUAAAGCACUGGGAGAAAGAAUGGCGGAAAAGCCCAUUUACAAAGAUCCACAGCAAGCAAUAGAAGAGAGAGUGAAAGAUCUAUUGUUACGGAUGACCAUUGCUGAGAAAGUGGGGCAGAUGACCCAGAUCGAACGCUCAGUAGUCACCCUCGACGCCAUGAAGAACCAAUUCAUUGGGAGCAUUCUUAAUGCUGGAGGCAGUACCCCAAGAUCAGGGGCCUCAGCUGAAGAAUGGGCAGACAUGGUAGAUGGUUUCCAAAGAUGGGCACUUGAAUCUCGGCUCUCCAUACCGGUCCUCUAUGGUACUGAUGCGGUCCAUGGCCAUAAUAACUGUUAUGGAGCCACCAUCUUUCCCCAUAACAUUGGCCUUGGAGCCACAAGAGAUCCAAAUCUAGUUCAAAAAAUUGGGGAAGCAACUGCCAUUGAAGUUCGUGCAACAGGGAUCCCCUAUACAUUUGCUCCAUGUGUUGCUGUUUCCAGAGAUCCAAGAUGGGGAAGAUGCUAUGAGAGUUACAGUGAAGACACUGAAACAGUGAGGAAGAUGACCACCAUUGUUCAAGGGUUGCAAGGAUCACCACCCCAAAGCCACCCUAAAGGCUAUCCUUUUCUUGCAAGCAGAAAAAAUGUGAUCGCUUGCAUGAAGCAUUUUAUAGGGGAUGGAGGGACAAAAGGAGGAAUCAAUGAAGGCAACACCGUAGGAAGCUUUGAUGAGCUUCACAGUGUUCACUUGAAGCCUUUUCUAGAUUGCCUGGAUCAGGGGGUCUGCACUGCAAUGGCCUCUUAUUCAAGCUGGAACUCCAUGAUGCUGCAUUCUCACCAUUUUCUCCUCACCCAAGUUCUGAAACAUCAAUUGGGUUUCAAGGGCUUUGUGAUCUCGGAUUGGGAAGGUAUUGACAGGUUAUGUCAACCUCAAGGCUCAGACUAUCGCUUCUGCAUAUCAGCAUCCAUAAAUGCUGGAAUAGAUAUGGUUAUGGUGCCGCAUGAUUUCCAGAAAUUCAUAGGCGACUUGACAUUUCUAGUGGAAUCAGGGGAGAUUUCGAUGACCAGAAUUGAUGAUGCAGUAGAGAGAAUUCUUCGGGUUAAAUUUGUUGGAGGACUAUUUGAGCACCCCUUUACAGAUAGAUCCCUGCUAAAUUUAGUGGGAUGCAAGAUGCAUAGAGAAUUGGCCCGAGAAGCUGUUAGAAAAUCUCUUGUUCUUCUGAAGAAUGGGAAGAACCCAAAUAAGCCUUUUCUUCCUCUCUCUAAGAACGGUGGAAGAAUUUUAGUUGGUGGUGAACAUGCUCACAAUCUCGGGUAUCAAUGCGGAGGAUGGACUAUCACAUGGUAUGGAAUUGGCGGCCAAAUUACACAAGGGACCACCAUCUUGGAAGCCAUUAAAGCAGCAGUUGGGAUGAACACAGCGGUAAUAUAUGAAGAGAACCCAACUGAAACCUCAUUCAAAACCCAAGAGUUCUCAUCAGCAAUUGUGGUCGUAGGUGAGAAACCCUAUGCGGAAUUCUUGGGUGAUGACCCGAAGCUUGAACUCUCACCCAAAGCUAUAGAAACGAUAGAGCUCGUGUGUUCAAAAGUCCCCACGCUUGUGAUUCUUUUAUCAGGUAGGCCUCUCAUCGUGGAGCCAUUAAUCGAGAAAAUGGAGGCUUUUGUAGCUGCCUGGUUGCCUGGUAGUGAGGGUGCUGGAGUUGCUGAUGUCAUAUUUGGAGGUUAUGAGUUUCAUGGCUGCUUGCCAAGAACAUGGUUCAAGAGAGUGGAUCAACUUCCCAUGAAUGUGGGGGACUCAAAUUAUGAUCCUUUAUUUCCCUUUGGGUUUGGGCUCAAAAUGAAUCUGAAAAACCAAUAGUUGAUAUUGGGGUAUGACAAGCAAUAAUCAUCUCUCUCUCUCUCUCUCUCUCUCUCUGUUUUUGUCUAUCUAUGUGUACAUUUGGUCUCAAAAUGAAAAAGUGUACUUGAUGUUGGGUUGCGA